AUGGCCACCAGUCCAGAUCCUAUGUCCCAAAAACCCGAGACACAACUCGACUCACCCCACGACUCAGAAUCGGACAUGGAAAUAAACUCCAAGCCACAACUGCCCACUGGAUAUAACCUGCCGUUGUGGCGCAAAUGUCUGAUUCUUUUUGUUGUCAGUUGGAUGACUCUGGCAGUCACGUUCUCUAGUACAUCACUACUUCCCGCCACUCCAGAGAUUGCCAGUGACUUUUCUACGACUACCGAGAUUCUCAAUGUCAUCAAUGCGGGUGUCUUAAUCGCAAUGGGGUUUUCCUCAUUUAUUUGGGGUCCCAUGACGGACUUGGUUGGGCGUCGAAACGCCUAUAAUGCCGCUAUAAUGGUCUUAUGUGCCUGUUCGGCGGGGACGGCAGUCGCAAUCAAUCUACACAUGUUUAUUGCGAUGCGUUUACUAUGUGGACUUACCGGAACAUUCUUCAUGGUCGCCGGUCAAACAAUCAUUGCGGAUAUCUUUGAGCCAGUCGUGCGCGGGACAGCUGUGGGCUUUAUGAUGGUCGGUUCAGUUAGUGGUCCUGCAAUCGGCCCAUGUGUUGGUGGUGUCAUUGCCACCUUCGCUCAAUGGCGCAUCAUCUACUGGCUCCAAUUCGGCAUGACUGCGCUCGGGCUUGCGCUCUCUCUGUUAUUUGUUCCAAACAUUCAGAAGAAGCAGCAGUCUCUGUCUGCCACCCAGCCGGUCAAUCUUUCGUUGGUUUUGCAAAUGUUCAACCCACUACGUAUCUUCCGUCCAUUCAUCUACCCGAAUGUUUUCCUCUGCCAUUUCACAUGUGGUCUACUGGCAACUUUUCAAUAUGCCAUUCUCACCUCUGCGCGCUCGAUUUUCAACCCUCGUUUCCAUCUGACAACUCCCCUUGUAAGCGGUCUGUUCUAUCUGUCCCCGGGAAUGGGAUUUCUCAUCGGAAGCGUUAUGGGUGGGAGAUUGUCAGAUCGUGCGGUGAAGAAAUGGAUUAAAAAGCGAAAUGGCGUGCGACUACCUCAAGAUCGGCUAAACAGCGGUCUGGUAACCCUAUUCGUCGUCCUUCCGGCUUCAACAUUGAUAUACUCCUGGACGUUGCAGGAAGAAGUUGGAGGCAUGGCUGUGCCUAUCAUCAGUGCCUUCACCGCUGGAGUUGGACUACUGGGUACAUUCAAUGGUUUGAACACCUAUUCGGCCGAGGUCAUGCCGCACAUUCGUUCCGAAGUGAUCAGCGGUAAAUACGUAGUCCAGUAUCUCUUUGCUGCAGCUGCAACGGCGGCGGUCGAGCCACUGAUCAAUUCAAUUGGCGUCGGCUGGACAUUUACCAUUUGCGUUGCAUUCGCGAUUAUCGGUGGCUUUUGUGUUUUGGCCAUUACUAAAUGGGGCAUCGAUAUGCAGCGAUGGGUUGAGGAGAAGUUUGGCAUCGAUGAGAAACCAUCAUAA